CAUAGGACAGACCCUCCAAGGAGCGUUGCCCAGGGGCAGGCGUGGGGCAGGGGUCUCAGGAGGGCCCCUCUGCCUGGCUCUCCGCCUGGUGGGCUCUGCUCUGCUUGAGGAGGCUCACCCCAGGCCUGGCAUGGGCCCAGGCGGCUCCUCCCUAGCGGUGUGGCUUCCCUCGUGCCAAGCCUGGUCCCUUGAGCAAAGGGGUGGGAAGGAGGCGGGCGGCUCACUGCUGGGCCCAGCAAAGAAAGGAGUGACUCAGAGGGUGAGCCUCACAGCAGUUUGCAUCUGAGAGGAGGAGGAGGACCACAGGGAAGCCCUUCCAGAGCAGAAGAUGGCAUCCGGGGGCCCUAUUGGCAGCGUCCUGGUGACUGGAGCCAACCGAGGCAUCGGCCUGGAGCUCGUGAAGCGUUUCUUGGCCAAGGCCAACCCACCCAAAGUGGUCUUUGCCACCUGCCGUGACCCAGAAGGGCCCAGGGCCCAGGAACUGAGGGCUCUGGCAUCCAAACACCCCAAUCUGGCCAUUCUGCAGCUUGAAACCACAGACCCAAAGAGCAUCCAGGCAGCCGCCAAGAAAGCCGAGGCCCGACUGGGUGGUGCUGGCCUGAACCUGCUGAUCAACAACGCUGGCAUUAUGCCAGCCUGCACCUUGGAGUCGGCAACCUCAGAACACAUGCUGGACGUCUACAACACCAACCUUGUGGGCCCAAUGCUGGUGACCAAGGAAUUCCUGCCCUUGCUGAGGAAGGCUGCCCAUGCCUCCGUACACAAAGGGAUGGGCUGCGGAAAGGCCACCAUCAUCAACAUGUCCACCAUCUUGGGAUCCAUUGAGAAGGCCCCCGAACAUUACGCCUUGUUUCCAGUGGUCUCCUAUCGCUGCAGCAAGGCUGCCCUGAACAUGCUGACCAAGCUGCAGUCCAUGGGCUUCAAGGAGGAAGGGAUCCUGUGCGUGGCAAUUCACCCCGGAUGGGUGAAGACGGACCUGGGGACGGAGAAGGCUGACCUGACAGUGGAGGAGAGCGUGAAAGGCAUCAUGGACGUGCUUUGCAACCUCUCUGAAAAACAACAUGGGAUCCUGGUGACCUGGGAAGGAAAAACUCUUCCGUGGUGAGAAGAACGAGGACAUUAAGGAGGACCAAGAGAUGCAGCUCCAAGCCCAGAGCACCCUGACACUUGGCCAGUCUUUGCAUUUCUAUUCCACAUGAAUAAAAAUUGAUCUGAG